AUGCGGGCGUGGGCCGUCCUGGGCGUCACUCUGCUUGUGGCCUGCAGCCAAGUCGUCAUCUUCCUGCGAGGCAAGGACCACCUCUGGGGGAUGUCUGAAGAGUCUCACAUUCUCGGUGUUUUGGAGGACAGCAAGCUCCUGGUGGAUGCCGCCAUCCACAGCACGAUGAAAAGAAACCUCAAGAAGAGAGAGGUCCUCUCUCCAUCCCAGCUUCUGUCUUUCUCCAAAUUCCCUGAGCCGACGAGCCGAGCAGUUUCCCGCGCAGCGGAGAUAAUGGAGGCCGCGGUGCGGGCGGUGAGGAGUGGAGCCCACCUGGGCCCGCAGCGGUCACCACCUCUAACAGACGCGGUGUCGGAAGCCCUCCUGACCACCAUCGCACAGGUGUCCGGGUGCCUGCCACACAUGCUGCCCCCGCAGUGUCCAGACACCUGCCUGGCCAGCAAGUACCGGCUCAUCACAGGGGCGUGCAACAACAGAGACCACCCCAGGUGGGGCGCCUCCAACACGGCCCUGGCGAGAUGGCUGCCCCCCGUCUACGAGGACGGCAUCAGUGAGCCCAGAGGCUGGAACCCCCACUUCCUGUACCACGGUGUCCCCCUGCCCCCGGUGCGAGAGGUGACAAGACAAGUUAUUGAAGUUUCCAAUGAGGCUGUCACAGAGGAUGACCAGUACACUGAUAUGCUGAUGGCGUGGGGACAGUAUAUCGGUCACGACAUUGCCUUCACACCUCAGAGUGUCAGUGAAGCUCCAUUCGGGGGAGGGGCGGAUUGCCAGCUGACCUGUGAGAACCGAAACCCAUGCUUUCCCAUACAGCUCCCCGCCAACGCCUCGCCGGCCGCCGUGCCCUUCUACCGGUCGUCGGCCGCCUGCGGCACCGGGGCCCAGGGCGCCUUCUUCGGCAACCUGUCCGCGGCCAACCCGCGGCAGCAGAUGAACGGCUUGACCUCCUUCCUGGACGCGUCCACCGUGUACGGCAGCUCGCCGGCCUCGGAGAAGCAGCUGCGGAACUGGACCAGCGCCGAGGGGCUGCUGCUGGUCAACGCACGACACCGGGACCACGGCCGCGCCUACCUGCCCUUCCCGCCGCCAGGCGCGCCCUUGGCCUGCACCCCCGAGCCGGGCACCCAGGGCCGCAGCCCCUGCUUCCUGGCAGGGGACGGCCGCGCCAGCGAGGCCCCCUCCCUGGCGGCCCUGCACACGCUGUGGCUGCGUGAGCACAACCGCCUGGCCACCGCGCUCAAGGCCCUGAACCCGCACUGGAGCGCCGACUCCGCCUACCAGGAGGCCCGCAAGGUCGUGGGCGCCCUGCACCAGAUCAUCACGUUGCGGGACUACGUCCCCAGCAUCCUGGGCCCCGAGGCCUUCGGGCAGCACGUGGGCCCCUACAAGGGCUAUGACCCCACCGUGGACCCCACAGUGUCCAACGUGUUCUCCACGGCCGCCUUCCGCUUCGGCCACACCACGGUCCACCCAGUGGUGAGGCGGCUGAACGCCAGCUUCCAGGAGCAGCCCGGCCUGCCCCCGCUGUCACUGCAGGAUGCCUUCUUCAGCCCCUGGAGGCUCCUCAAGGAAGGCGGCCUGGACCCCGUGGUGAGGGGCCUUCUGGCACGGCCAGCCAAGCUGCAGGUGUGGGGGCAGCUGAUGAACCAGGCGCUGACCGAGAGGCUCUUCGUGCCGCCGGGCCCUGGCACCUUCGACCUGGCAUCGCUGAACCUGCAGAGAGGCCGAGACCACGGGCUUCCAGGUUACAACGAGUGGAGAGAGUUCUGCGGCCUGCCCAGACUGCAGACUUGGGCCACCCUGAGCAGUGCCAUGGCCAGCGGGGACGCAGCCGACAGGAUGAGGGACUUGUACAAGCACCCUAACAACAUCGACGUCUGGCUGGGCGGCCUGGCCGAGGGCUUCCUCCCCGGGGCCCGGACAGGGCCUCUGUUCGCAUGCAUCAUUGGGAGGCAAAUGAAGGCCCUGAGGGACGGGGACCGGUUCUGGUGGGAAAACGGCGGCGUGUUCUCCGAGGCGCAGCAGCGGGAGCUGGGGAGGCACUCUCUGUCUCGGGUCGUCUGCGACAACACCGGCCUCGCCCGCGUGCCCGCCGACGCCUUCCGGCUUGGGAAAUUCCCCCGGGACUUCGAGGCGUGUGAGGACAUCCCGGGCCUGGACCUGGAAGCGUGGAAGGAGGCCGCGCCCCCAGGUGACACGUGUGGCCUCCCAGAGAGAGUGGACAAUGGGGACUUCGUGCUCUGCAACGCGUCGGGAAGGCGCAUGCUGGUGUUCGCCUGCCAGCACGGGUUCGCAGUUCAAGGCCACGAGCAAGCCGCUUGCACCCCCCAGGGGUGGGCCCCCCGGCCCCCCGUCUGCAAAGAUGUCGACGAGUGCAAGGACGUGACGGACCCCCCCUGCCACGCGUCGGCCCGGUGCCGGAACACCAGGGGCAGCUUCCGCUGCGAGUGCACAGACCCUCACGUGCUGGGCGAGGACGGCAGGACCUGCGUCGACUCCGGGAGGCUCCCAAAGGCGUCCUUGGUGUCCAUCGCGUUGGGCGCUCUGCUCGUCGGCAGCCUGGCAGGCCUCACCUGGACGGUGAUUUGCAGGUGGUCACACGGCUCUGAAUCCUCACUGCCCGUCACAGAGAGCGAUGGGAGGACCGCACGCCCUCGGGACACAGGCGGGCCUGGGAGGGCCCGUGGCGGCUCCAUGGGGAAGCCCCAUGUCACCAAGCGCGACCCCCCAGCUGACCCAGGGACAGACGGUCCGGCCCAGAGCCAGGAGCUCCCUUCCCAAAAUGGGAGGCGGGAAGACGUGCGGUCUCUGCCGGCCCUUCCUCACUGA